AUGUGGCCUGCUCGCUGCCCGACCGCAGCGCGGCCCGGAGGUGGGGGCCGGCGGCGCGGGCCAGUCACCAGCCGCGUCUGGCAGCUGCCCCGGCCUCGCCGUCCCGCUCCAGAUUCCCGGCUGGCCGCCCCUCGUCCCGGGCGACCAAACCGGCCCUGGAGCGGCCCCGGGCCGGCGCGGCGCUGCCGGGACCCCGGCUCCUCCCCGCGCGGCCGCAACCGGCGGAAUCGCUCCCGCCCCACGCCCGCCUGCCUGCCUCCUCGGUCCCCGCCGCGCACCCUAACCCGCGGGUCCCCUGAAUCUCAGUUUGAAACUGAAGGUAUCGCUCGCUGCUGUCCUCAGCUCUGCUGGAUCUUCCGCCCACCCCGCCCAGGGCCUCUUCUCCAUACUAAUUCGCGGUGGAGCAGUCGGGGCGGCUUUACAGCCAGAGCCCCAAGGCCAAGAAUCAGCCCUUGCAGCAAGACGUGCUCCCCUCGUUGCCCCCCACCACACGCUACAGCCACAGACCGCAUAAAUCCAGGUGGAGACAGGUCCAGAAACACAGGUGCUAUAAAUAUCCCAGUCCGGCGAGCGGGGAGACACAGCUCCCGGGCAGCCCCUCCCCACCCACCCUCCUCUGAGCCCAGCACUUCCGGCCAUCGCUGCGCUGCAGGCUGCUCUCCGAGUUGGGAGGGGCGGGCUCCAUCCGUAGCAGAGGCCUGGCUUCCUUUUCCUCGCCCGAGACCCCCUGACUGCCUAACCUGAGGGUUUUCUCUCCACUCAGGAUACACCUCCCGAACUCCCAAUCGCAGACCGUUUCCUCCCUCCCCUGGUAUUUUUUAAAGGCUGUGGCCAGUCUUCCUGAAAUGCUGACUUCUCUUUCAAGAUGGAUGGGGGAUGCUGCCUUAGGUUAGAAGGCAACGAACAAAAUCACAUUUUUAAAUGUAAAAUUUGAUUCUAAAUUUUUGAUGGCGCUUUUCGUUUUGGUGGAGGUGGGGACGGACGACGGUGGGGAACAGGCUGCAGGCAGAGUAAAUCUAAAAGAGGGAAAAAAAGAAGCUGGGAGUACACACAUGUGAAGAGGGGAUAUCGCUCUGCUGGAAAAGAGACUUGCUGUCCCAGCAGGCUGGUUCCCAGGAGCUUGGUGCGGCUUUCUGAGCCAGUCUCCUGAGCCUGGGACUUGAUGGGGUGCAGCUCCCUGAGAAGGAGCCUGUUGGACACAAUAAGACUGCACUGGGAAAAAGGUUAAUGAAGUUCCACCACUUGGGCUAAGGGAUUCAGACACAAAAAUUAUCCCCAGGAAACUCGGACAUCUGAUAGCUCCAGGAGAGGGUGGCAAAGAGCAAGGCAGGUUUGGAGAUAAUGAGUGAAACAGAUCUGAACCACCAGUUUUCAAAUGUGUCUGUAAAAAUAAGCUUUAACUAAAUGCUAAAUAA